AUGUAUACCAUCAUUAAAGCUUCAUCAAUUCUAAUUAAAUGCUCAAAUCCACCUAAGAAUGAAACUGAAUCAAUUACUUGUAUGGCAGUGGAAUCAAAUACAAAAUCUUUUCCAAUUCAUAUGAUAUGGAUAUAUGCAAAUAAAUUGAAUAUAUCGAAAGAUAAAUUCAUGCCAUCACUUGAAUUACAAUCGACAUUAUCGGAUACACUCAAUCAUUUCUCAAUUUUAGCUGGUCGAAUUAUAGAAGAUUCAAAUGGUAAUGCUACUAUUCAUUUAAAUAAUGAAGGUGUUUUAUUUACAGAAGCACAAUGUCAAGAUCAAACAUUGGAUUAUUUUAUUAAUCGAGCAAUAGAUGAUGAUGAAUUUGAUUACAACAAUAUAAAUUCAUCGGAUUUAGAAGUUCCAGCUUCUCGUGAUUGGACAGGACCAAUGAUGUCUAUACAAAUAACACGUCUUCAAUGUGGAUCAGUUAUUUUAUCGAUUUCGGCAUUUCAUUGUUUAAUGGAUGCACAAAGUGCAGCUCAUUUUAUUAAUACUUGGGCAUCUGGUGGAAAUACACCAAAACAUCAUCCAAUGUUCGAUAAAUCAUUUGUUCUUUUAUCAUCAGAUGAACUUUUAAACAAUUCCAUUACUCGUCCAUCUGAUUGUGUUUUUAAUCGAAAUAUUAUUCCAUCAUCUACAUCAGCAUUUAUCCAAGUUCAACAACAACAACGUGUUAUUACUAAAGUUUACCAUUUUUCUACGAAUGAAUUGAAAAAUAUCAAAGCAGAAGCUAUGAAAAAUCUUUCAUCAACGGUUGAUUAUAUUAGUACUUAUGAUGCUCUUUAUGCUCACAUGAUUUUAACUAUUGCUAGUGCUACACAAACAUCAUUUACUGAGAAAAAUAAAAUCAAAAUUCUUCAAUCAUUCAAUGGACGAUCAAGUUUUGUAGGAUCUUAUUCAUCGGCAGUACUUCAUUAUUUUGGUUCAUUUCCAUUUUGGCUUUAUAGCAAAGUAAUAACACAAGAGCCACCAACUCUUUCGUCUUUAGCUCAAUUGAUACAUGAAAUGUAUACAAAACAAAGUGAAAAAUCAUUAAAAUAUUAUAAUGCUUAUUUAUCCACUGAUGAUGGUAACAUUCGAAAGAAUCAAGUUGCUGCCGAUAUCAUCAAUCGAGAUUUCCAUUGUACUUCAUGGCGAAAAGUAUAUAUGCUAGAUGCUAGGUUUGGUAGCACUAAUAAUUAUCCUAUUUACAGUGGACCUACAAAACAACAAUAUCCAAGAUAUUUUGUUAUGAUGGAUACACAUCGAAGAGAUGAAUCAGUCAAUAUUUUACUAGGAUUAAGAGAACAAGAUUAUCAAAGAUUACAUGAGCAGAAUAUUAUACAUAAAUAUAGAUAA